AUGGAUGAGUACAUGUCCAUUGCACUAGUAUCAAGUGGUUACCCAUUGUUAGCUGUCACGUCCUUCGUGGGAAUGCCUGAUAUCGUCACAAAAGACGAUCUAGAUUGGUUGUUCAACGACCCAAAGAUCCUCAAGGCUUCAACAAUCAUCUGCAGGCUCAUGAAUGAUUUGGCGACACAUAACUUUUCGUUCUUGCAAGUGUUCCAUAAAGAUAUAGACCCAACCCAACUCCUAUGGAAUAUAGACGAACAAGAAGCGGAAAACAACCUGCGCAAGCAAGUGAAUGACUCGUGGAAGGACAUCAAUGAGGAGUGUCUUCACCCGACUGCUGUCGCAAUGCCGCUUCUCGUGGGAAUUCUCAACCUCUCACGAGUGAUGGAUGUGUUGUACAAGGAUGGCGGAGAUCAUUAUACCAGUCCUCAUAUUGCACUGAAAGAUUACAUACAUUCGGUGCUCAUAGACCCAGUGCAAUAG